GGACGUCUUUUUAUUUUCGUGCUCCACGCUCUGUCGACUCCCAUUCCAUCGAAUCUCAAACGAAAGCAAACCUCCGCGCGCGUAUUUCUGUUCUUCCUUCCAGUGCCUUUUUUUUUAAGUUUUUUUUUUUUUUAAAAUUCAAACACCCCUAUCUUCGACACUCAAAAGGAUUCCUCCUAUAGCCGCUCUUUCCCAUCGCUUUCCCGAUCGACCGGGAACGUCGAUGUGAUGCCUUGUUGAACCUGAUUUGGAUUUUUUUUUUGUUUGUUUGUUUACUUUUGGUUUUUGUUCCAGCAUCUUAUUGACAAAAUCAUCUAAGGGUUUCAAGAGCGUGCGCUGAUAUAUAUUCAAACACACACACACACACACACAAAAGGAAUUUUUCAUGGAAAAUCUUCUGGGCCUGAAUAUGAGAAUCAAUUGUUUCGGUGACAAAGUGUCCAGUCUUCACUGCAAGAUCGUCCUCCUCGACGAGCAACAACUUGUCCACGAAGUCUUGGCUGAUACGACGGGGCAGGACGUGCUAAAUGUCGUCUACCAACACCUGGGAUCGACCUUGCUGGAGACGGCCUAUUUCGGACUGCGCUUCGUCGACGCCUCUCACCAACCGCAAUGGCUGGACCCCAAUAAAAGAGUUCUACAACAGUUGAAAGGAACUGGAUCGCAGACUUUGUAUUUCGCUGUGAAAUUCUACGCAGUCGACCCUUGCAAACUCGUCGAGGAACUGACCAGGUAUCAGUUCUUUUUGCAAGUCAAGAAAGAUAUACUGCAAGGACGGCUGCCCGUGACGACGGAACUGGCCGCCGAAUUGGCCGCCCUGGCCCUUCAAUCUGAACUGGGAGAUUACGAUCCUCACCGCUACAAGCCGGGCUACGUCAGCGAGUUCCGAUUCCUGGCCCACCAGAGUCCCGAUCUCGAAACCAAAAUAGCUGAACUCCACAAAACCAUGAGGGGACUUGUUCCAGCCGUUGCCGAGAUGCGUUAUCUGGAUCGAGUCAAAUGGCUCGACUUGUACGGCGUCGAUCUUCAUCCGGUCUUGGGAGAAGAUACGGUUGAAUAUUUCCUCGGCCUCACACCAAGCGGUAUCAUCGUUCUACGCAACAAGACUAAAGUGGGCAAUUAUUUCUGGCCGCGAAUCAGCAAGAUCCAGUUCAAGGGCCGCUACUUCAUGCUGCGCGUCCGCGACAAGAGCAAUGACGAGAAUACGUUCGGCUUCGAGACGCCGUCAAAGAGCGCCUGCAAAUCGCUGUACAAAUGUUGUUCGCAACACUUGGCCUUCUUCCGUCUUGUCCAAAUGUCGGGACCGCUACUGACGUCCGCGUCGACCUCCACCAUCGGCGGGACUAGCACCAACGGCAAUCAAAAUAGCCUUAACAGCAUCGGUAGCAAAUUUCUGAAACUGAGCGGAGCCGCUGCGCCGACGUCGUUCAACGGCCAACAGGAAUCUCAAAACAAUUCCCCCCCGCAGUUCCGGCGGAUGCCAUCGCGGCGCCACCAACGAAGAAUCGUCGACGGAGCCAGUCACCCGGCGCCCCCUCCGAUGGACGAGUGCAGUACGAGCGAUAGCGACAAGACCUUGGACGUCGCAUCAACGGCUAACUUACUUUCACCCUAUCAUUCGAAAAUUGGCGAAGCGAAGCAACCCGUGCUGGCUGGCGGGGGAAAUGGGGUAGACAACUGGACGGAAGCGUCCUCGGUGCGCUCGCGUCGUAGCCGCAGCCGAAGCCACAGCCGCAAUCGCAAAGAGAAUAGACGUCCGAGCAGCGCUGAUAGUAGCGUCGAAUCACGAUCGCACCGCAGAAAGAAUCAUCGAAGUCGAAGUCGACAUAAUUCAGACAAUGAAAGUGAAGGAUCACGUGUUUCAGAGUCGGACCGCAGCAAUAGUCGGAGACGGAGACAUCGCUCCUCCCGCGACUCGUCUGGUAGCGAGUCGGAUCAUCAGAGCUCGAAUCGCCGUUCUCACAGGAGAAACAGGCGGAGGAGUAGCCAAGGAUCGACUUAUGAACUCGUAGACUCGGAAGCCCAAUGGCGUGAAAUUCAAGAACGCCAGGGUUUAAAACAAAGCCAAACGGCCACUGUCCGUCCGGCGGCUUCCAGCACUCCUGUGCAGCAAGCACCCAUUCAACAGGCGACCGUGCGCAAAUCAUCGACGAACGCGGCCAACGUGUCGACAUCGAGCGUCAACGAUUCUCUACUGGACCAAUCGCACAGCGAUUUGACCGCAGUGGAAACGAAUUCCCAGGCCUCAUCUCGUCAUCGUCACCAUCGUAAACAUAAUAAUCACAGGCAUCAUCACAAGCACAGGUCGCACUCUCGCCAUUCAGAGAAGAGUGUCAAGCCCUCGUUGCCCAGUGAGAUCAUGCCCCAUCUUCAGUUCCAACUGGUAGAUCCUCCAGCCGGAUCCACUUCGGACCAGCUACGAGAGAUUCCCUACCAGGUUGUAACCAGUCCGCAGCCCGUUUCGUCUUCUGCCCUCCACCACACGGUGGACGACAGCAAUGACCACCAGAGUAAAUUGGCUGACAAUCUCAAUCGAAAACGACAUCGUGAUUUACAUCCCACGACGUAUCCGGAGGAGAGGAAGAUUAUAUCCGUAGACAACGACAGCCCGCCGCCGCCUUAUUCACCGCCGCAAAAUGUCGAAGCGCUGGCGCAGUCCCUGGCCUCGUUGAGCAUCCCGCCUGUCAGUCGCUCACGCGGACGGCCGGACAGUAACACCAAUAACUCAUCUAUUACUCACUCACGAACAGCUCGAACGGCGCCCAAUGCGAAUCCUCCUCCCAUUGCAGCAAGGCCGCCUCCAGCACCGAUACCGGGACCGAAGCCCAAUAAAACAACGAGGCCGCAAGGGGAUUUCUCGGCUGGCCAGAAAAAAUCUUCGUCUUAUUCGCCUCAAUACUCCGUGGCCAAUAACACUUCGGCGCAUCAUACGGGAAACAGCGCCGUUCCCAACGGCUGCCACUAUACACAGCCUGGCAUUGCGCCAGGUCCCGUUGCGGCACAGCAGUACGGCAACAACACUAGCAGCAUCAACCACCAUAAUAUGCAGUAUCAUCAUCAGGACAAUCGACGAACCACAUCUGGGCCGCCAGCCGUGCCACCUUCGCCAGCAAGCAAUUCUUCGACGUCGUCAUCGGUGUUUAACGGAUUUCACUACUCGUACUCAUCGCAGGCUAACGCGUCGGCCCCCAUCAGCCCCCAUCAUGUUGGCCUGCCUUUAACUGCAUUUUCGGCUAACCAUUCCAUGCCAUCUCCUCAGGUUCCAGCCGGUUCAAUUCAACAAGCUACCAAGACUUCUGGCGCAGCCCCGAUGGCCCUGCCGCGCAUGAACGUACCCAGCACGCCGACUCCAUCUAUCCACAGCGGCAGCGGUGGUAGUAGCAACGGUUCCGUUCAUUCAGCGGAGAAGAACAAAGUGUCGAUGCCGCUCUCUCCUCUUGCCAACGGUGUUACGGUAACCAACCAGUUACAGCCGAAUAAUCUCGGUGACAUGCUCUCGCGUCAGACAAUGCAAACGAAAUAUGUCACUCGACCACAGACACCAGUCAAACCCAAGACUUUUGCCAUGAACCUUACCAUUACUACUACUACUACUACUACUACUACUCACCCUCAUUAUCCUGGUCAACCUGGGCAGUACCAACGCUUUCCUCAGCCUCAAUGUCAGACUCUACCAGGCCGGGGCUACCGGUCUGGCAACACACGAAUUAAUAGCCAGAACUAUGUGAUGGACGGCAAAUUUGCUAUUCAACCUUCGCCGACGUUUGUUUACCCUGACCAUAAUCCUCCUGCCAAUUGGCAUGCGAGCCUACCUCGUCUGGUCCGACAUCUUCCCGCAGUAGCGCAACAGAAUGACAACUUGGCCGUUGGUUAUCAAACGAGUUCACUACAUCCGGAGAAUGCGAUGAAUAAAAAUCGACGAGCCUCCAGCCUGGAAAUGAUCCUCUCACCAAUGGUAGAGAGCACACUACAACGAAAGAAACGUGCGACGUGAAUUUCAACACAGCGAUUUUCGACGAGCUGCGAACGUUCUUGUAAACGACCAUUCAUCACACACUUCUUAAAUGACAGUAUUACUAAAAGUUAACAUACGCUGUACAUGUUUUCGGAAUCCAUUGUGAGAUUUUACCAUAUUCAAAUCUUUCGUUAGUGAUACAUGAACUUAGUUUCUUUUUUUUUUUUUUCAUUAUGCCUUUUAAGAAGAUAUCGUCAUGUAAUUUACAUUUUGUUUAUGUUGCUGAACUGAUUGAAACGAUUUCAAUACACAACAUGACAAGCAUUUUGACUGAGAUAAGCAAA